UCCAUCAUCUUCAUUCGUGACCGAAAUCCUUGUCGCCAGGAGGUGUCUGCAUACAUCGACUACGCACACAGGCUGAUGACAGAUGAUUUCCAAGUCUACUUCAGUGGGAAGAAAAGAUUUUUCCCUCGGAACACUGAUCUGAGCUUUUACAACUGGGAUAGAAAUCUCAGCACUUCCAAUUCCAGCCCAAAUUACCAAGUGAUUGCAGAAAAUACCUGUGGACUACUCUUCAAGAACAAAAGUGACAGGAAAAUAAUAAAUGUGGAUCCCAAGGCUUACCCAGGAGACGACACCACACGGACGCCUGUUGAAACAGAUCUCUAUCUCCAUGUCGUUAUCUACGACCAUGUCGUCAGAAGAGGGAACUGA